AUGAGCUUAGACCGGACAUACUUUGAUAUAGAGAUCGUUACACAUGUCACAAACACCUUGAUGGCAUUUCUGAUCGGGGUCAAUGCAUCCAUGUAUAUGGCAUCCCUCUAUGUUUUUUCGACACGACCUCGACACGAGCGCCAUUACAUUAUCUUCUACGCUGUAUUCGGGGGCAUUUUGCUCCUGAUGAUGAUACUAGAUCUCUUAAGCAACCUUUACUUCAGUGGUCUCGUUGCUGCCCACUGUGGGAACGAGACCGACAUUACGGGGGUUAUAGCAACUCUCGUUCCUAAUGUAAUGGCUGACGCCCUCAUGCUUUGGCGUUGUUAUGUGAUUUGGGAACGUAGGAUUCAGUACAUUUUCCCUCCCGCCCUUUUAAUUUUGGUCGUUGUUUUUGCUUCAUUCCUAACCGUCGUUGAAAAGUCGCUCACUGCCGAACCCAUGGGAAAUUUAUCGGGAGGUGGCAGAGUGGGUAACAUGAUAUGGAACGCAUCAACCGCGGCUUUGAAUGUUUGGGUCACGUCCAUGAUCUGCUACCGAUUGGGUCGCAUGUACUGGUCGAUUCGAACCACUAUACAAGAACCUCAAAACAUCCUGAAGACGUAUACAGGGGUGGUAUCAAUCACCAUCGAAGGAACAAUCCCUUUUACACUUAUGGCUAUAUUAAACUUCGCCCUGCAGAUGUCUGAUAAUAGUCUAAAUGCACCGGCAAUAACCGUCGUGUCUCAACUUUGGUGCGGCGUCUGCUUUGUUAGUAUCCGCAAAGUUGCUAACAUGUAA